GAUGCUUCCCUCCCGACCCCAACCAAACCAAAACCAAAACCCCCCAACGAAGUCCCAUUCCGAAUUCAAUUCAGUUCGCCGUCGGCUCUUUCCUCUCCGUACUGCAUGGAGGCCAUGACCGCUCGCCUCCGCCUCGCGCUGCUGCUCUCCGUGUGCCUCUGCGCCGCGCAGGCGCGGCCCCGCCUCGAGCCGACCAUCCGCCUGCCGUCGGAGCGCGCCGAGGCAGCGGCGGAGGCUGGAACGGACGACGACUCCGUCGGCACCAGGUGGGCCGUGCUCAUCGCCGGCUCCAACGGCUACUACAACUACCGUCACCAGGCGGACAUCUGCCAUGCGUACCAGAUCAUGAAGAAGGGGGGUCUCAAAGACGAGAACAUCAUUGUCUUCAUGUAUGAUGACAUCGCAUACAACGGGGAGAACCCAAGGAAAGGUAUCAUCAUCAACCAUCCCCAAGGUGACGAUGUCUAUGCUGGGGUCCCAAAGGAUUAUACUGGGAGUGAGGUUAACGUCAAGAAUUUCUUUGCUGUUCUGCUUGGCAACAAAACCGCUGUCAGUGGUGGGAGCGGGAAGGUCGUGAAUAGUGGCCCCAAUGAUCAUAUUUUUGUUUUUUACAGUGACCAUGGGGGUCCUGGUGUCCUUGGGAUGCCUACCUAUCCGUACCUCUACGGUGAUGACCUCGUAGAUGUUCUGAAGAAGAAGCACGCUGCUGGGACCUACAAAAGCCUGGUCUUUUACCUUGAAGCAUGCGAAUCUGGGAGCAUCUUUGAGGGCCUUCUGCCGAAUGACAUCAAUGUCUACGCGACCACCGCGUCAAAUGCAGAGGAGAGCAGCUGGGGGACGUACUGCCCUGGUGAGAACCCGAGCCCUCCACCGGAGUAUGACACCUGCCUAGGGGACUUGUAUAGUGUUUCUUGGAUGGAAGACAGUGAUGUCCACAAUCUGCGAACCGAAUCUCUCAAGCAGCAGUACAAAUUAGUCAAGGACAGGACGUAUCCUAAGGACGUAUACAGCUAUGGUUCCCAUGUGAUGCAAUACGGUUCUUUGGACCUGAAUGUUCAACAUCUGUUCCUGUACAUUGGCUCAAAUCCUGCUAAUGACAACGCCACGUUUGUGGAAGAUAACUCAUUGCCGUCAUUAUCAACAGCUGUUAAUCAGCGCGAUGCUGAUCUUGUUUACUUCUGGCAGAAGUACCGCAAAUUGGCUGAGGGCUCACCUGAGAAAAAUGAUGCUAGGAAGCAGUUGCUUGAAGUUAUGGCUCACAGAUCUCAUGUUGACAACAGUGUCGAGCUGAUCGGAAACCUUCUCUUUGGCUCUGAGGAUGGUCCGAGGGUUCUGAAGGCUGUUCGUGCACCUGGUGAACCACUAGUUAAUGAUUGGAGCUGCCUCAAGUCUACGGUGCGUGCUUUUGAAGCGCAAUGUGGGUCGUUAGCGCAGUAUGGGAUGAAGCACAUGCGGUCCUUUGCAAACAUCUGCAAUGCUGCUGUCCGUCCUGAAGCGGUGACAAAGAUUGCUGCUCAGGCUUGCACUAGCAUCCCUUCCAAUCGCUGGAGUUCCAUCCACAAGGGUUUUAGUGCUUAGUAAACCAUAGGUGAAGCAAAAUUAGGCAUUAGCAAAUACUUCAGCUAUGCCACCAGACAAUAUUUCUUUGUUUCCUUGUUCAACAAAUCCCCUCACAAUCCCUGGAGAUGGAGAUCCAUUCUUAUGGGUGUUUAGUGCUUGAACCGUAGGUGAAGCAGACUUAUACCAGUAUUUCAGCUGUUGCACCAUACCAGACUAUCUUAGUUAUGUCCAUGUGUCCAAUUUCCGAUGUACAUACAUAGUAGCAAAGUUAUUUGGCAAUAUUAUUUGUCGUUACUGUACAUAUUACCUACAGCUUGUGAGCAAAUGUGUAGUUUGUUCUCCCAUAAAUGAAGAACGCAUUUGCUGCUAUUUUUA